AUGUCUCCUGGGCUGCUAGAGGUGCAUUCGUCUGGUUGGCCACUUUUCAGUAUCAUGGCAGCUGUGUCGGAGAAGCUGCGUGACGACGGCCAGGAGAUCUGCACCACGGAGGCGCAACUUGCCCCGUUCAUUGACUCUUUCGACAAUGCCAUCAUGGUCCCUGCGGAGCACUGUGCGGCGCUUCUCCUCGAGGCACCGCAGUGCCCCGAUGUUGUGGCCUCAGCCCUUCUCGCGCUGGCGGAUGUCAUGCGGACCACUGCCUGGCAGCAGUCGAACAGGUACUACCAAUUCACCUCAGAGAUGCCUAGAAGUCAGCCACCGGAGCGGGAUGCCGAACGGCUUUUGCAGCAGGCAGAGGCAAUGGUGCGGUCCCAAUCUGCACGCUGGUCUUGGCUGACCACACGGUGGCCAGUGUGGCGUCUGCUGGACCGCCUGGGUGCAGCAGAGGCUGUCAAUGUCAGCUCUGGCGGCAGUUGGUUUUGGAUGUACGUCUUUCCUCACAGGGUGCGGUCCGACGGCAUCAUUUCCAACCGGAUCCGUGCCACGUCCAAGGCAUAUUGUCUGCAGCUCUUCCAGGACGAGGUCCGGCGGCUGUUGGAGCAGAUGCCAAGGAAACUGCGGCUGGUCGAAGUUGGCCCACACAUAGGGGACUGCAUGCUUUGGGCCGCGGCGGAAUUCCGGGAACAGAUUCGGGCAACCGCGGUCGAACCUGUGGCACAGGUCGUCUCUCUCUUUCGCCGCAGUAUUGCGGCAAAUGGCUUUGCGCCGAUCAUCGACUUACACCAUGCCUUCUGCGGUUCGGAGAAUUCUGGAGGCACUGAGCCACCAGCCACGAUGCUCCAGCCAUCCAUUCCCUGGAUUCGCUUGGAUUCCGUGGUGGACGAGGAUGUGGACAUCCUGAAGAUACACACGAAUGGCGGAGAAAGUCAAAUCCUCGACGGUGCUGAGAAGCUUUUUGCGCGGCAUGAGGUUCGCGUGGUGAUCCUGCACUCAGCCGAAGCUCACCAGCUCUGGCCAUCGACCAGAUUUUUAUUGCAUCGGAACUACGACGUCACCGUGGAUGGGCGGAGGAUGUCUGAAUCUGGCAAAGAUGAAUCUUGGCUCCGGACCCGUGUGGCGGAAGUCGGAGGGCUACAACUUCAUGCGUCAAAAGAUUCAUCUAUAAUUUAUAUCGAUAUAUAA